UGGGUAUGUAUGUAUCGACAUAUGAUAUUAAAAAUAUAGGCCUACAUUAUGUCAUUGGCUAUUUAUUAACAAUCACAUAUUAUCGUACUAAUAAAUGCUUACACAUAUUUGGACAAGCAAGCAUGCCUACUGUUCCUUGACAAAGACUUUAAUGCACAACAUAGACAAGACUACAUUCAUUUGAUUUGGCAAAAAAAAAGCACACAAUGCUUGACGUGUCAAAAAGAAUAAACAAGCAACAACAACAAAAGUAACAGAAUGAGAGCGUUACGCACACCAGCGCGCAUGCCUGCAUUCCUCCAAACCGUUUAAAAUAUUUCUGUAAUAAGCCUAUUAAAAAGUUUUUGUAGUAAAACAGGGGCGGUUCAAUGAUUGGCUGUGUAAACUUUGGUGCAGUCUCAUUGGUCGGAGAGAUCUUUGAGAAUGAAGGUGCUUUGAGGAGCCUUCUGGAAUGUCUUUGAAUGGGACUGGACUUGCGCUGCACCGGGCUCAAAAAAUGCGCACUUAAACACUGGGUCAUAACAUUGUAUUACCUGUAUGUGGAUAUACUCUGUCUUUAACGGACUGACAAACGGACUCAAAUUUAACGCCAGGAGCAGGUCUGUUUCUCUGUGUGUGAUCUGUCCAAUAGUUUUCAUCCAACUUUGAACUGGAACCAUUUUAACGGACUAUAAUUCAACAAUAGGAUCACAGUGCCGUUAUUAUAUGCCCCUAUCACUGGAUAUAAAGUAACUUUUAUUGUAAAUGUUUUUAUAUAUUUAUUUCCAUAAUAUUUUUUAAAAUCAGAUUUGUGCCAGACAUGACAACCUUUGCCCCUUUGCUUCUUGCUCUUGGCUCCAUGGCGAGCGUUGCGUACGGGUGCCAACUGCCCACCGAGUGGCGUCCACUGAGUGAGAGCUGCCGUGCGGAACUGGCAGAGAUCAUUGUGUAUGCCAAGGUGCUGGCAAUUCACCGGGAGGAGUAUGGCGGGGCAGAGGGCAUCUACAACUCUCUGUAUGGUUAUGAGGGCGCUGAGGAAGGGUUGCUCUACUCCGCAGAGGUGGAGCUCAUGUGCGACCAGGCGUGGGGCAGCAUGCUGGAGGUGCCGGCGGGCUCCCGCCUCAACCUGACAGGGCUGGGGUACCUGUCGUGCCAGUCUCACACCGUGAUGGAGAACUACUCCUAUAUCUUCUUCCUCCGGAUGGAUGAGAACUACAACAUCCUGCCCCACGGGGUCAACUUCCAGGACGCCAUCUUCCCAGACACCGUAGAGAACCGCCGUACGUUCUCCAGCCUGUUCCAGUUCUCCAACUGCUCCCAUGGCCAACCCCUCCAGACCUUCUCCCCAGAGUGGGACCCCCUGGAGGACAGCAGGCUCUUGUGCUCCUCGGUGCAGGGGGCUCUGUUCGAGGUGGAGGAGAAGAGCAGGAAGCAGCAGGAGCGCCUGGGCCAGCUGGAAAGGAGGAACAGGCAGCUGAAGGAGCGCGUCCGGAAGGUGAAGCGCUCCCUCCGGAAUGCCAGGAAGAGCCAGCGCCGGGUGGAGCAGGAGAGGCAAGGGCUGGAGGAGCGGCUGAGGUCAGCGGAGAGACGGGCUGGGCACCACCUCAAUACUAUCACACAGGAGGCUACGCCCAGCAGAUACCAGGAGACUGUGUUACACCGCACGCCACACACACCGCUUUAGUCUCUGGACUGGAUGUUGUUAAAGACUGCUGGGCAGUCUCUCUAAUUCCUGUUGUUCACAGGCACACACUCAAUACUCAUUUAGUGCCAUAUAUACUGUAGUUCCUACACACAUUACAUAGAGAGGGCAUCCAGUAGCCCUCGAACAGCAAUUUUGUCCAAUUUGUAUUAGUGAAUGACUCGAGAGAAUGAGAGGGAGAGAGAUAGUGUAUAGCUCCUAUUAAUACACAGCUGAUGGAUAGACAGAUGAAAUGAUUUAAUUUAGAGUGAGUAUAUGAUGAGUGAAUGACUAGAGUGAAUGAAUAAAGUGAGGUUACUUUCUGGUAGGUGUGUCUGUGGGCAUUUGUUCCAUGUGUUGUCUGUUGCUGUCCUCGUGUCAACACCACCAAAGAGAAUGUCCAUGAGGCAUUGGGAUCAUUAUAUAUGAAUGUAUUACUGAAGCUGCAUAUAAACUCUAAUCAUGGUUACUAA